AUGUCGAUGAGGCUCAUCCCCCAACAACACUCAUACGCCUUCUUCAGUACAAUGUUGGCCAACUCGAACGCGGAUAACUCGGGCAGCGCCACUAGCGCUGGCGGAAAACUCGGGGUCAACGGAAUCAAGGUCCAUGAGGGCGACGGGUACGCGACCCAGCCGAGCGUCGAUGAACUGCGUCCUAAUGAACAUCUUUCCGACGAGGAGCGCCUGCGGAUGCUCGGAUACGACGUCACACUCGGCCGGCCUCUUGGGUUCUGGAGCAGCUGCGGCAUGAACAUCUGCCACCUAUCAUUCAUUUACGAGUCUGUAAAAUUCGUUUCGCUGUAUGCGCACGAAGGUCCACCAGUCUUCAUCAUCGGGUUUCCUCUCGUCGCGUGCCUCUACCUCUGCCUGAUCGGAGUGUUCGCAGAGCUCGUCUCCAGCUUCCCCGUGGCUGGUGGCAUGGCCACCUGGGCGUGGCAGUGCGCCCGCCACGGUCUCGGCGGUGAGCGAUACUGGGGCUGGCUGAUUGUGUCGUACCUUUUCGGCGUCACAUCCAGCCUCACCAUCAUCUACUACUCGGCGGACCCAAAAACACCAAAGACCGAAGUCGACGGUAUAGGCUACGUUCCGACCGACCCAAAGGACUGGUGGGAGCCCGUGUUUUACAUUGCGAUUAUCUGCCUUGUGGCACUGCUGUGGGUUAUUCGUGCCACGCGCAAGAGUUCAUUUUGGGUCUUCGCUGGCGCCUUCAACAUCGCAAUGAUGGUUGUUGUGUACGCUCUGAUCAUUGCCUGCGGUGCAAAACUUCGUUCAUCACCCAGCGCUAAAGCUGAUAUCCGCCGUCUGAACCGGGGUUUCCCCCGAAAGGCAAUGUUGCCCUUCUCCAUGACCCGCAUGACGUUCAUGGCGCUCCCGCUGGCUGUCAUGGCCGUCGACACUCCAGCCCACAUGGCGGAGGAGACACGCGACCCAUCCCGGACAGUCCCUCGCGUGCUCUGGUACACUUGCCUGUUCCACUACAUCAAUAUCUACUUGAUUGUCACACUCUACAUUGUCGUCGUCACUCCCUGGGCACAAGGCGACUAUAUGCUCUCCCCUCUUGUCCCGAUGGGAGCUAUAUUGGGGUCGGAGCAAGGUAUCGGAGGUGCGCUGGGAAUAAUCAGUUCGCUCCUUGCGAUUACUCAAGUCCUCGCGUCAGUAGUCGCCACCUCGCGAUUCAUUUUCGCCCUCGCCCGCGAUCGCGCCAUUCCCCUUUCUAGGCUUCUUGUCAAGACCGACAAGCGUAAGGAACCAUGGGUGGCUAUGGUGGCCCUUGUAGCCUCUCUGCUUCUCAGCACAAUGUGCUGGCUCGUAAACAAGACGCACUACAAUGGCCUACUGCAGACGUUCAAUUAUUAUUUCGUCAACUUCCUCUACAUCAUACCACUGAUUCUUUAUGUUUUAUCACGCCUUGACCUGAGCCUUAUUGGGCGCGAGACAUUCUCGCUGGGAAGGCUCAGCCGCCCAUGCGCGUGGAUCACCAUCCUCUGGCUCGCUCUGGGCACAGUUCAAGGAAGCAUGCCCGGGACUGUAUCCAACGGCAGCGCUGAGUUCUUCGAUGGCGACGCGAGCAAGGCGGUCCUGUCCUACCUCCCCAUGGUUUUCGGUGGCAUGCUGGUGGUCAUGCUCGCGACGUGGUUCCUGUACGGCCGGCGCCACUACGUCGGCCCGAUCCGAACUCUCACGCUAUGGACAACGGGCCAAGACAUAGACCUGAGGACCAUCGACGGUUCCAACCGGCACGACGAUGCUCUGCAGCAAAUUGCAGCCCGCAAGACGGGCCGGGGCUCAACGAGUGGCAGCGGCAAUAACGACCACGACGGUCCGCGUGCUGACAGCCACAACCAAUUUCAUCAGUCGAACGCUGGCACCCCGCGCGAGUCGGCGCACGCGGAUUGAGCGAUCGUCUGCCAUGGGCGGGCGGCCUUCGCAAUAAUCAAAUUGCUGCUGGGCCAACUUGCAAAUCCAACACUUCCUCGAUGCAAUGGAGAUAUGAGCAAGUCUUCCUACCUGUCGACAGCGGGGAAGAGUAGGAGCUCGAAGGAUCAACAGCUCAACGGAGGUGCUGGAUGACAUGGACUGUGACUUCGAUGACGUGUGGUUACACCUGAGUGGAGACAACCGAUGAGUGCGAAAUUCAAUAGAUGCACACGUCAGCG